AUGGCCCUAGUUGGAACCCUCCUCUUCUGCACAGACUGCGGGAAUCUAUUAGAAUACCCUUCGCCUUCCGCAACAAAGACCAUCAUAUGCCAAAUCUGCGACGCGCCAAAUCCAAACAAAUGGCCCACAUCAGUACAAACAACAUCCAAGCCAGACGCCUUUCCCUCUGCCCUUGGACAGAAGCACAGCGAAAUCCAGACCAUCGAAGAGGGCGACAUAGAGACGUGGGCCGAGAUUCUUCAGGCCUGUUCCAAGUGCGUGUCCGAAGUGCAAUUUCAGGUAUGGUGGUUUGGGUUUUGGGGGGAGAUUACUGCUAAUGGUGUGAAGGUCGAAGAUGGAUAA